AUGAAUCGGUCAUGUGUUCAAUUAAAGGAUUUACCUGAUGAACUUCUUAUAUUCAUUUUCAAACAAAUGAAUAAUAUUGAAGUUUUUUAUACUUUAUUCGGUAUCAAUGAGCGAUUGGAUUUAAUUCUACAAGAUUCAAUAUUUACAAAUCGUUUGAAUUUCUUGAAAAGGUCUUCAAAGAAAUUUCUCAACAUAUUUUCUCCUGAUAUUAUAUUUGAUCGAUUUUGUUUACAAAUUUUACCAGCAGUUCGUGAGAAAAUCCAAUGGCUUGAUGUUGAAUCAUCAUCUCUGAAACAAAUUCUAUGUGCUGCUGAUUAUCCUAAUUUAUAUCGACUGGGUCUAUUCAAUAUCGAAGAAGAAACAAUUAAAAGUCUUUUCACUGUUAAAGAAACAUUCAUUGAUGGACAUAAUUUGAAAAAUAAAAUUAUUAAUCAUAUGUCACAAUUAAAUAAAUUCACAUUUAAUAUUUGUUCGAUUAUGAGAAUUAAUAAUCAAAUAAUUUUACUAUCAAAAGAAGAUAUUCAAAAUACAUUCAAAGAUUUUCAAUAUACACAAAUGAUAUGUUAUAUGGAUCAUUUUCGAAAGAGAAAAGAAUGUCAAUGUCAUGUAUAUACAUAUCCAUCUCAAAUGUCAUAUUAUCAAUAUUUAUCAAAUCAAUUUCCAGGUGGAUAUUAUUCAUAUGUUCGUUUUGUAUCAUUAUAUGAUGAAUAUCCUUUUGAACAUGAAUUUUUUCUUCAAAUAGCUCAAUCAUUUCUAUUUAUAGAAAAAUUAGUUUUAAUUAAUCGCGAACCACAACAACACAAACAAUCUUAUAAAUCUAUGAAUGAUAAUUGUCAUUUAUCAAUUGUUGAAUAUUCUCAUCUUAUUGAACUUAACAUUGAACAGGUUCAUGAUGAUUAUGUUGAAGAAUUUCUAUGUGAUACAAAAACAUGUUUUCGAAAGAAUAUUCGUCUUGAUAUUGUUGAUAAAACUUUGUUAAGAGUAACAAAACAUUUUACAAGAAAAGAUACUCGAAGGAAUUGUAUCAAGGUAAACAGUUUAUUACCGUGGAGUGAGUGGAGAUCUUUGAAAUCUUUUCAAGAAUAUUUUCCUUCUGUAAGAAGAACUGAUUAUAUUUGUUCAUUUUUUAUGUAA